AUGUCGCUACUGAACACAACGCUUCAGACUUUGGUGGUUCGUCUUCGCGAUAUGUCAGGGAAUGUGACGCAGCAAAAGCUUCAUAAUCGAGUUUUUGACGCGUACGAGGCGAAGUCUCUUGUGUUUGAGGCCAUUUCACCCGAGCAACAGGCCGUUAUGCAGCAAUUUGGAACGAUUCCCUCUCAACACCCCGCAGGGCAGCCGGUGCUCCUUGACGGCUGGGCAGAUCUUCUUACCGUUCAUAGGGAAGAUAAUCUCUACCAGCUGCUGCCGCGCCGAGCGAAAAACAACGCCAGCUACAGCACCAUGAGAGCCAUUUGCUGUAGUGCGGGCUCCCCGUUCACGAUGGACCAUCGCGUGGACCCCAUAGACUACAAGUUUGUUUUUCGCGCGGCGGAUAUGGAGGUGCGGAACAAGUUUAAUGCGACAAAUCAGGACAAAAUUCCACCCACCAUCUGGUUUGACGGUAUUUUAAGCGCCCCCAAUGAUUCCGGUCUUGUCAGUUGCCAUAAUUCUCUAUCGCCAGCUCACAUCAACAACUUAGCAGGCACGUACCAGUUUCUCAAGGAGUGGUCAAAUGAGCCACCGGAGGGUGACCGUCACCGGCAGUUGAAGGAGAUGUACUCCAGUCUCUUGUCAAAGCGUACACACCUCUUUAUUGGUUCAUCUUCUGUUCCAGGAAGGGAAAUUCUCAAUUACGCCAGGUCGAAGAACGUCUUUGUUUACGCCAAGAGAGGGAUGCACUACGUCUUUCAUGCCUAA